CCAUUACACACACAUGGAUGCUAACCACGACAAGGUUGUGGAGAGCGGCAGCCGCGGGGGCCGGGGACCGGUGCGGACGAUCUGCGUCUUCUGCGGCAGCAGGCGGGGAAACCGGCCGUCCUUCAGCGCUGCCGCUCUCGACCUCGGAAAGCAGCUGGUCGAGAGGGAGCUCGAUCUGGUCUACGGCGGCGGCAGCGGCGGCCUGAUGGGCCUCGUCUCCAAGACCGUCCACGACGGCGGCCGCCACGUCCUCGGGGUCAUCCCUAGUGCUCUCCUACCUGAAGAGGUGUCAGGGGAGACGUUGGGAGAGGCGAAAGUGGUCAGGGACAUGCAUGAGCGCAAGUCAGAAAUGGCGAAACACGCCGACGCUUUCAUCGCCCUGCCAGGUGGUUACGGGACAAUCGAAGAACUGUUGGAGAUCAUAGCGUGGGCGCAGCUGGGGAUCCACAACAAACCGGUGGGGCUGCUCAAUGUGGACGGCUACUACAACAACUUACUCUCGCUGUUCGACAAGGGCGUCGAGGAAGGGUUCAUCGACGCCGCGGCGCGGAACAUCUUCGUCCUCGCCGACAACGCCGGCGAACUACUGACCAAGCUGACGGAGGCGGCGGCAGCGGCAGCGGCGGCGGUUGAGGGCGGCGACGGGGAUCAGGUCGACGGCGAGGCCACGGCCGCGGCGGCUGGCUUGAAGAGGAAAAGAAGCUAGCUAUAGCCGUGUGAGCAUUGGCCGGCCGUCGUUCUAAGUGUGACUCAAUUUCCUCCGGAUCGAUCCUUUGUUGCUUUUCGUUGGAUCGAAUCAUCGAAGUGUGUUUAAUUCGAUUCUAAGUGUUGAUGUAAUAUCGGACCUGCCGAACUGGAACCAGGCUUUAUUUCAUUUCAUUUGCUAACCUCUUGGCGAGCAAUAUGCAUGCCGUGCUUAAAAUGUAGCACGACAAGCUUCUAUAUAUGUAUGCUCGGUAUAAGCACUCGUAAGCAUAUGUAAAUCAAGUUUACAACUUUAUGUUUCUCUACAA